ACAAGCAGGACAUAUUUGGAGUGGAGAGGGACUUGAAAUCUACGAGGACCGGAAGUUCUGUGUUUCGCUAUGGCUACUUGACACUGUCCAGUCUUCACACACACACACUUCAGAGGAAUGCAGCUCUCGUAGCCAACUACGCUUGAAUCUCAAGGCAUCACUCCCGUCGCACCAUGGCUGGCUUCAGGCAAGAGGAUGUCGAGUUGUACUAUGAGAUGGGAGAGGAGCUGGGCAGCGGACAGUUUGCCAUCGUUCGCAAGUGUAAGGAGAAGAGCACAGGCGUUGAGUACGCGGCCAAGUUCAUAAAGAAGCGGCGGCUGUCGUCCAGCCGGCGAGGGGUGAGCCGCGAAGAGAUCGAGCGCGAGGUCAACAUCCUGCGGGAGAUCCAGCACAGCAACAUCAUCACCCUGCACGACAUCUUUGAAAACAAGACGGAUGUGAUCUUGAUCCUGGAGCUGGUGUCCGGAGGAGAACUGUUCGACUUCCUGGCUGAGAAGGAAUCUCUGACGGAGGAGGAGGCCACCCAGUUUCUCAAACAGAUCCUGGACGGCGUUCAGUAUCUCCACUCCAAACGCAUCGCUCACUUUGACCUCAAGCCUGAGAAUAUCAUGCUGCUGGACAAGAACGUCCCCAACCCCAGGAUCAAACUGAUUGACUUUGGGAUUGCUCAUCAGAUUAAAGCAGGAAACGAGUUCAAGAACAUCUUUGGAACGCCAGAGUUUGUCGCGCCAGAAAUAGUCAACUAUGAGCCACUUGGACUGGAGGCAGACAUGUGGAGCAUCGGAGUAAUCACAUACAUUCUGUUGAGUGGUGCUUCUCCGUUUCUGGGCGAGACCAAGCAGGAGACCCUGACUAACAUCUCAGCUGUCAACUACGACUUUGAUGAGGAGUAUUUCAGCAAUACCAGUGAGCUGGCCAAAGACUUCAUACGGCGCCUGUUGGUAAAGGAUCCAAAGAAGAGGAUGACGAUUGAUGACAGUCUUGAGCACCCUUGGAUUAAGGUGAUUAAGAGGCGGAACGUGCGCCAGGAGGAAAGAGACCACAAACCCGAGCGCCGGCGCCUGAAGACCACUCGUCUGAAGGAGUACACCAUCAAGUCCCACUCCAGCAUGCCACCUAACAACACCUACGUCAACUUCGAGCGCUUCUCCCAGGUACUCGAGGAGAUCGCAGCGGCAGAGGAAGGCCUGAAGGAGCUGGAGCGCAAUCAGCGCUCGUGCCAAGAGGACGUGGCGGCGCUGCUGUCUAUCUAUGAGGAGAAGGAGGGCUGGUACAAAGAGGAGAACCAGAGCAUCUCCAGCGACCUGAGCCACAUACGCCAAGAGCUGCAGCGCUCUCAGGCCCAGCGCAAGAAGUGCCAGGAGGACGCCCGGGUCACCAUGCAAGCCGCCAACAUCCUCAAGCGCAGGUUUGGGCGCUUGGAAAACCGCUACGAGGCCCUGGCUGAGCAGGUGGCCUCUGAGGUCCGCUGGGUGGAGGAGCUGGUCAAGUCCAUAUCUGCAGAGAAGGACGGGCUCAGCUCUGGCAGUAUGCCCUGAGCCGGGCUGAUGUCCAACAAUGACAUUUUCACUCUCCGGUCUCCUCCUGCCUGUCUUCUCUGCAUGUGUGCUACGCAGCUCACAUGUUUGAGUGGGUCAGUUGUCAUCAUAAGCUAUGCCGCUGCUGUCCGUCGGGAAAGAUGUUCCACCCUGUUUAUUUCAUGCUUGAGAGAACCAGCAAGAAGCGGAGAGGCAACAUACUGAACCCAUUUCCCCGUGAAAAGGCUCAUUCCUGUGUUUUUAUAAAUUAAUUUAUAAUUUUAGAGAUUUUUAUGUAAUGUAAUUCAGCUUUGUGCAUUAUAGUUACCAAAUUAUUUGCAAACCACAUUGGCUUUUUCUUGUUCGUUGGUAUUGCAGAUGGAGAAACAGUUGUUUAUUUUUAUUACCCUGGUUUUCUUUUUAGAAACUAAAUUACAUUAUGAAUCUUCUAGUACUUUAAAAGUCAUAGACGUCUGCUUAUUUUUUCUCCAGCCUCAGGUUAUUAGGUUAUUUGCUAGUUAUGUGAGAAAGCUUCACAAUAUACAGCUUGUAGUUUCAGGUUUGCACAGAUUUCAGGGGUAUUUAUUUAUCCGGUUACAUGCAUUUUAGAUUUGAUUGCAGCUGACGUUAAAUUUCUCUCAUAUGUUGGGACAGAGUGUGGACUCUAAAGGAUGCAAUAAACAAAAAGCCCUGAGCAUAGAAGUUUGAAAGUAAUGCUUUAUUUUGCAGGUCCAUUGUUUCAGAAUUUCUUGACAUUUUCCUGGAAAGUACCAUGUAUGGUAAUAAUUACAGGGAAUAUAGACACGCCAUUACAAUCAGUCAAAUUAGUUGUGAUUUGCAGAGGAAUUUCCCUGAAAGAUAUUGCUCCAUUUAAACCCCAGUACAUAUUUAUUAAUCAUUCAUUUAUUAUUGGAAAGUUUAGCCUUGAUAUUUGCUGAAUUGUGUGUUUUGUAGACACAUUUUGCAUUUUCAUGUUCAGCUCACCUGCUGUCCUCUGACUAAAAAGUCUCAAGGCUGCCCUAGCACUACAUAGCACUGGACAUUAACUGGAUCAUUCUCUACUUUACCUGUAAUUAGCGCCAUAUAACAUGGUUGUUUUCAAGAAACAACCCAGGAAAUUAUUUGGAAAUUAAUCAGAGUUCAAGGACCUAUAAAAUAAAGCGUUACCAGAUUUGAGAAUGUAUAAACUCAUCUUUGCAGUGCCUGUACACAGAUAGACCUUAUCGCCUCCUUGAGCACUCACCUGUUACCGAGUUAAUGACAUUUCUAUCAAAUUGAUAUCGCUCAAUGUCUUAAACGCCACAACUUUUUGCACAGUAGCCUUGUAAACCAAAUAGUGUGCAUGGACACUUUCUUUAUAUACUGUAUCUCUGUUAGUUUUUUUUUUUCUGUUUUCAUCCAGACCAUCCCUGCACACUUGAAACAUUCCAUCGAUAAGUUUCACAUCCAGGCAACACAUUCCCCGUGUAUAGCAUAGAAAAGUAUAUGAUAUAGUCAGUAGUAUUUUUCAGUAGAGAAAUGUACUCAUUUGCACUUAAAUGAUUAUAGCAAUGUUCCAAAAUAUAUUUUAAUCUGUCUCUAAGGUGUAAGAUGGAGCUGUAAAAUGAACUGUCUAGGUUUGUUUCAAAUAAACAAAGUUAUCACUGUAACUAAGUCUCA